UUGAUGCCUCCGGAACAGCAAAGGUUGGUAUUUUCCUGGGUAGUCCGAAGUUGUUUGGGAACUGGAAAAAAGAAAAUUUUGAAUAAAUUUUCCUAUCAAUAAACCUACAUAAAACAUCGUUCUUUGACCUAAAAAUCGGAAAGGAUAAACAAUUUGUGGCUUUUCAUCAUCGAAGUCUCUAAUCGGAUCCGAAUAGUUCUUUGGCCCUAAUUUUCUGGCAGAGGCCUAUUGGAGAAUAACAUACUUCAUGGAAGGAGUUGGUGGCGAUGCUGCUUCUGAUGCAGUGCCUCUUGCCAAGUGGAGAAACGACUUUACGAGGGCAUUUCAGUACUACUUGGAUCGGUCCACGCCCCACCCGGUGCAGAGGUGGCUUGGGACGCUUGCUGCGGCAGCCAUUUAUAUUCUGCGAGUGUACUAUGCUCAAGGGUUUUACAUUGUCUCCUAUGGCCUUGGAAUCUACAUAUUGAAUUUGUUGAUUGGAUUUUUGUCUCCAAAGGUUGAUCCAGAGCUUGAGGCCUUGGAUGGGGCUUCAUUGCCGACGAAAGGCUCCGACGAGUUUAAGCCCUUCAUUCGCCGCCUUCCUGAGUUUAAGUUUUGGUAUGCCAUUACAAAGGCUUUCUGCGUUGCCUUUUUGAUGACCUUCUUUUCUGUGUUUGACGUCCCUGUUUUUUGGCCCAUACUUCUUUGCUAUUGGAUAUUUUUAUUUGUCCUCACCAUGAAGCGCCAAAUCGUGCACAUGAUUAAGUAUAAAUAUGUUCCAUUCAGCUUUGGAAAGCAGAGGUAUACAAGGAAGCACUCAGCUGCUAGUAGUAGUGGCACUAAGGACUGAAGUGCAGCGUUUUGAACUGACAUCUAUGGAGAAGAAAACAGGAGAAGUGCAGUGUUUCGAACUGUCUUUCAAUUUGUUACUGACUACAAAACUCAUGCUUCUUGUUCAUAGUGUUGGAGUUACAUAAGAAUUCUAACUUGCAUAAGUUGGGAUGGUAUUUUUGUGUACUGUGUAAUUCUUCUGUCGUACCUGGAGUUGGUUGAAUACUGUUGGAUCGUGAUUAUCUCGCAUCUUCGUUUACCACUCCAUGGGGGUUGCGUGGUUGGUAAAUGUGUUGGAGCUUAGAACUAUUAGUUCGUGUGAACAAAAGGUGAAAACCUCUGUUUUUUUUUUUUUCCAACUCCUCGGGCUAAAAUGUGGUGGGAAUUAUGUCCUGUUCUUACAUAAGUCACAUUGUUAUAUGCUGUUAAUAUGUAACCCCCCUUCUAUGCGUAAUAUUUUACUUCA